AUGUGGCGGCUAGGGACUCCAGGGAAGGACGGGCACUACUUAGAGAACCCUCUUCCGGGGUACGACCCAGCACCGUUAGGAGAAUGGGCUCUCAAAGGAAUCUCCAGACCACAUGUCAUCUCCCAGCUGGACCAGAAGGAGGAGCCAUGGCUUCUACCCCUCCAACAUUUUGAGGCAAGAGGCAUCCUAAGGGAGAGUCACCCAGACUUGGAGGACCCGCUGGAAAAACUCCACCAGGAUGCUUCCGAAACAGCAGAGCCAAGCGGAGCGUCCUCAGAAGGGGCCGGUAAAGAGGUUUAUCAGACACCCAGCUGGGGAGGAGGCCGGGAGAGGGGCCUUGAAUCAGAACCGGGGACCCUUCCAGGGGAGGGCCGUCGGGGCGAGGAUCUAAACAGGCUCCUGGAUGGCUCUCGGGGAAAGAAGCCCGAGUGUGCGGAAUGUGGGAAAACCUUCCGCCAGAGCUCCUAUCUCAUCCGACACCUGAGAACCCACACCGGCGAGAGGCCCUACGCCUGUGCCGAGUGUGGGAAAGGCUUCAAGCAGAGCUCCGACCUGGUCACCCACCGCCGCACGCACACGGGGGAGAAGCCCUACGGGUGCGGAGGGUGCGGGAAAAGAUUUGGCGACAGCUCCACGCUCGUCAAGCAUCAGAGGACCCACACGGGGGAGAGGCCCUACGCCUGCCCGGAGUGUGGGAAAACCUUCGCCCGGAAGCCGCACCUCGUCAUGCACCAGAGGACCCACACGGGAGAGAAGCCCUUCACGUGCCCCCAGUGUCACAAGCGCUUCAGCCGGAGCUCCAACCUCGUCACCCACCAGCGGACCCACACGGGAGCGAGGCCUCACCGGUGCGGCGAGUGCGGGGAGAGCUUCGGCCAGAGCUCGGAUCUGGCCAAGCACCGGCGGACCCACACCGGGGAGCGGCCCUUCCGGUGCCCGGCCUGCGGGAAAGGCUUCGCGGACAGUUCUCACUUCGUGGCGCACAUGGGCACGCACUCGGGGGAGAGGCCCUUCAGCUGCCCGUCCUGCCCCAAGAGCUUCAGCCAGAGCUCGCACCUGGCCGCGCACCGGCGGACGCAUACCGGCGAGCGGCCCUUUGCGUGCGGCGCCUGCGGCAAGGGCUUCACCGACAGCUCGGCCCUCCUCAAGCACCAGCGGAUCCACACCGGGGAGAGGCCCUACCGGUGCGGCGAGUGCGGCAAGAGCUUCAGCCAGAGCUCCCACUUUGCGACCCACCGGCGCAUCCACCUCGGGGAGAGGCCGUACCCGUGCCCGCAGUGCGGCAAGGCCUUCCACCAGCGCUCCCACUUCCUCACGCACCAGAGGACGCACACGGGGGAAAGGCCUUUCCCCUGCGGCCAGUGCGGCAAGAGCUUCCGUCAGAAAGCGCACCUUUUAUGCCAUCAAAACACUCAUUUGAUGUAG